CCACUUUCUACACGCACACUGAAAAAUAUCAUUUAUCUCUUGCUAUCUCUUGGCUAUUAUAAAUUUGGACAUGUUCUCUUCUUAGAUUUCACUUCUCUUCUUCGAUAUUCUGUCAUACAUAAAUGGCUGCAACCAAUGCUUCUUUCUUUGCUUCUUCCACGCAGCCAUGUUUGCCUGUGUCUCCAACCAUUUCAAACACGCUAUCUAGUCCUUUUCUAAAUGUGUCAUUAUCAAAAAGUUACCCUGUGAAGAAAAAGCAUAUGAAAAUUAGCAAAAAGAUCAGUGCUGCUGCUGUUGCAACACCAACAACAACUACUGAGGAAAUUAAAGAGUACAAGCUUCCUUCGUGGGCUCAGUUUGAGAUUGGAAGGGCUCCUGUGUAUUGGAAAACAAUGAAUGGCCUCCCUCCUACCUCAGGAGAAAAGCUAAAGCUUUUGUAUAACCCAGCAGCAGCUCAACUAGUCCCUAGUGAAGAAUUUGGAAUUGCUUUUAAUGGAGGUUUUAAUCAGCCAAUUAUGUGCGGUGGUGAGCCAAGGGCUAUGCUUAGAAAAAAUAGAGGCAAAGCUGAUGCUCCAAUAUAUACCAUUCAGAUAUGCAUUCCAAAGCAUGCUCUGAACUUGAUCUUCUCAUUUACUAAUGGAGUAGACUGGGAUGGUCCAUACAGACUGCAAUUUGAAGUUCCCAAAGCCUUAAAGAACAAGCCAAUUGAGUUUUUUAAUAGGGGUUUGGCAGAUGAGCUGAGUAAAGAAGGAGCAUGUGAGCAGGCAAUAUUUCCAGACACAAACAUAGUUAUAGCAAGAUGUGCUAUGAUUGGUAAUUUGUCAAAAGAAGGGGGUGAUCGCUGCGAUCUGAAUCUUGUUUUGGGAUGCACAGAUCCUAGUUCUCACCUGUACAACCCACUAGCCAAUGUAGAUGAUGGAACAUGUCCAAUUGAUUUGGAUUCUGAGUCUGAGGAUUAGCAUUAUACUUUUCAUGAAUAUUCAUUUGGAUCAUACUUUAUGUUGGUUUUAAGUACAUAGAUAGUGUAUAUUGUAUAUAAAUCCACUCUUGAAAUUGAACAUUGUCAUGUUUGGUUUAGCUGUGGUCUUUAAAAACAAUGGUUUUGCUAAA